GGUUAAGAGUUAGCGAAGCAGUAAGUUUUGAUUUGGCAAAUAAAACCAGGAAAGGUUUAUAUCGCAUAAGUAGACCCAAAGUUAAGCGAGAAUUGAAUAUUAGUGAAAAAGUGGAAUUAUCACCACACACUCUCCGCCGGGCUUUUGCUACUUACCAAGCAGAAAAAGGAAUGCCCUUGCCUUUACUCCAAAAAUUAUUAGGACAUUCCUCCAUUAGAACCACCGCUUUAUAUUGGCAAAAUAUUUAUCAGCAACCCGAUAGCGAUAUCGGCUCCAUCCUAGCCGUUGACACCUUUUCAGAAAUGCUGAAAGUCCCCAAGCCUAUUUUUAUAGCGAAUAAACCAGCAAUUCCCACUAAAAAACCAACUCAGCAGGAUAAUUCAUUAUCGCCUAUCUUUACUGAGCCGAAAU